AGGGAGGCAGGGAGCCUAGGCAGUGGAAAAAAAAUCCCACCUAGUAAUAAAUCGUCUGGACAGGUGUGCGUGUGUGUGUGUGUGUGUGUGUGUGUGUGUUGUGUGCAAAUCUCUCACUCUUCCUUCAGUCCCAGAACCCUUUCCACCUCCCUGCUGUCCAUCCCAUGGUUUCCUCAGACACCUGGGGCUGGGAACGGAAAUGCUAGGAUCUCUUGGGUUCAGGCUGUGGGUUUUGCUUUACGGCUCCCAGGAGGCGCGCAGCAGGGACCUGCUGAUGGGAUGGGCUGUGAAAAGAGGUUAAUGCAGAGUUGGUGGUGGUGUGUGUGUGGGGGGAGGGGGUUGACGUGUUACUGCCCCUCCUCGCCUCCCUCAGGUCUCCGUUGACGUCUCCCUUUCCCACCCCCGGGUUUCUAGCUUCUCGAUUCUCCCAAUGUCCCUCUUAUUUCCCACCCCCUCUACGGUUUUCCAGCUUCCGCCCCAGCCCCCGCAGUUCCCUUGCUCCCCCAAAUUGCAGUCUAGGGAAAAAGCCCUAACACAGUCUCCCGCCCCUGCUCCCCAGUCCCAUUGGUUCCCUCCCCCCGCUGCAGCACCUGGCCCCCCCCAGCCACCCGAUUGGCCAGCCGCCCCAUCAGUCCUCGCCUGGCUUGCUGACGUCAUCCUGCAGUAGCGGGGAUGGGGUGGGAAUGAGGGAGAGAGUGAGGACGCCCGGCUCGAGAGCGAACGAGAAACCUCUGCAAGUCCCCCACCUCAGCCACCUAGGUUGGGGUCUGCCUAGGUCUGCUCUAUGGACUAGUGUGCGCGGCGGGCUCUUUUCUGUCCCUGCACUGCGGCCCGGCCCGCUAUCUUCCCUCCCUUCCUUGGAGAGCCCCUGCAUCCCUCCCCCAAGGUGGAAUCAGCCGGCUGGAGGCUCUUGCGGGAGAGUGAUCGCCUGGCCCUGCCCUGCCCUGCCCACACCACACCAUGACCCUCCUGUUGUUGCCCCUCUUGCUGGCCUCCCUGCUCCCCUCCGGCUCCUGUAACAAAGCCAACAAGCACAAGCCAUGGAUCGAGGCAGAAUACCAAGGCAUCGUCAUGGAGAAUGACAACACGGUCCUGCUGAAUCCACCACUCUUUGCCUUGGACAAGGAUGCCCCCCUGCGCUAUGCAGGUGAGAUCUGUGGCUUCCGGCUCCAUGGGUCUGGGGUGCCCUUUGAGGCCGUGAUUCUGGACAAAGCAACUGGAGAAGGGCUGAUCCGGGCCAAGGAGCCAGUGGACUGUGAGGCCCAGAAGGAGCACACCUUCACCAUCCAGGCCUAUGACUGCGGCGAGGGCCCCGACGGCACCAACACCAAGAAGUCCCACAAGGCGACUGUGCAUGUGAGGGUCAACGAUGUAAAUGAGUUUGCCCCCGUGUUUGUGGAGCGGCUAUACCGUGCUGCAGUAACUGAGGGGAAGCUGUAUGACCGCAUCCUGAGGGUGGAAGCCAUCGAUGGUGAUUGCUCCCCCCAGUACAGCCAGAUCUGCUACUAUGAGAUCCUCACACCCAACACCCCCUUCCUCAUCGACAAUGAUGGAAACAUUGAGAACACGGAGAAGCUGCAGUACAGUGGCGAGAGGAUCUAUAAGUUCACGGUGACGGCUUAUGACUGUGGGAAGAAGCGGGCAGCAGAUGAUGCCGAGGUGGAGAUCCAGGUGAAGCCUACCUGUAAACCCAGCUGGCAAGGCUGGAACAAAAGGAUUGAAUAUGCACCAGGUGCAGGGAGCUUGGCUUUGUUCCCUGGUAUCCGCCUGGAGACCUGUGAUGAACCUCUCUGGAAUAUUCAGGCCACCAUAGAGCUACAGACUAGCCAUGUGGCCAAGGGCUGUGACCGUGACAACUACUCAGAGCGGGCCCUGCGGAAACUCUGUGGUGCUGCCCCUGGGGAGGUAGAUCUGUUGCCCAUGCCCGGCCCCAAUGCCAAUUGGACGGCAGGACUCUCGGUGCACUACAGCCAGGACAGCAGCCUUAUCUACUGGUUCAAUGGCACCCAAGCUGUGCAGGUGCCCCUGGGUGGCACAGCUGGGCUGGGCUCUGGACCCCAGGACAGCCUCAGUGACCAUUUUACUCUGUCCUUUUGGAUGAAGCAUGGCGUCACUCCCAACAAGGGCAAGAAGGAAGAGGAAACCAUCGUGUGUAACACUGUUCAGAAUGAGGACGGCUUCUCUCACUACUCACUGACUGUCCAUGGCUGUAGAAUUGCCUUCCUCUACUGGCCUUUGCUUGAGAGUGCCCGCCCAGUCAAGUUCCUCUGGAAGCUGGAGCAGGUCUGUGAUGAUGAGUGGCACCACUAUGCUUUGAACCUGGAGUUCCCCACAGUCACACUUUAUGCCGAUGGCAUCUCGUUUGACCCUGCCCUCAUCCAUGACAAUGGUCUCAUCCACCCGCCCCGAAGGGAACCUGCUCUCAUGAUUGGGGCCUGCUGGACUGAGGAAAAGAACAAAGAGAAGGAAAAGGGAGGAGACAACAGUACAGACACCACACAAGGAGACCCCUUGCCGAUCCACCACUACUUCCACGGCUACCUGGCUGGUUUCAGCGUGCGCUCAGGCCGCCUGGAGAGCCGCGAGGUCAUCGAGUGCCUCUAUGCAUGCCGGGAGGGGCUGGACUAUAGGGAUUUCGAGAGCCUGGGCAAAGGCAUGAAGGUCCACGUGAACCCCUCGCAGUCCCUGCUCACCCUGGAGGGGGAUGAUGUGGAGACCUUCAACCAUGCCCUGCAGCAUGUGGCUUACAUGAACACUCUGCGCUUUGCCACGCCUGGCGUCAGGCCCCUGCGCCUCACCACUGCCGUCAAGUGCUUCAGUGAAGAAUCCUGUGUCUCCAUCCCUGAAGUGGAGGGCUACGUGGUGGUUCUUCAGCCUGAUGCCCCCCAGAUCCUGCUAAGUGGCACUGCUCAUUUUGCCCACCCGGCUGUGGACUUUGAGGGACCUGAGGGGAUCCCUUUGUUCCCUGAUCUUCAAAUCACUUGCUCCAUUUCUCACCAGGUGGAGACCAAAAAGUAUGAGAGUUGGCAGGGUACAGUGACAGACACACGCAUGUCAGAUGAGAUCGUGCACAACCUGGAUGGCUGUGAGAUUUCCCUGGUGGGGGAUGACCUAGACCCCGAGCGGGAAAGCCUGCUCCUGGACAUGGCAUCCUUGCAGCAGCGAGGGCUGGAGCUCACCAACACGUCCGCCUACCUCACCAUCGCCGGGGUAGAGAGCAUCACUGUGUAUGAAGAGAUCUUGAGGCAGGCUCAUUAUCGGCUAAGACACGGAGCUGCCCUCUAUGCCAGGAAAUUCCGGCUGUCCUGCUCAGAAAUGAAUGGUCGUUACUCCAGCAAUGAAUUCAUCGUGGAGGUCAACGUCCUGCACAGCAUGAACCAGGUGGCCCACCCCAGCCACAUGCUCAGCUCCCAGCAGUUCCUGCACCGUGGUCACCAGCCCCCCCCUGAGAUGGCCGGACACAGCCUGGCCAGCUCCCACCGAAACUCCAUGGUCCCCAGCGCGGCGACUCUCGUCAUUGUGGUGUGUGUGGGCUUCCUGGUGCUUAUGGUCAUCUUGGGCCUCGUGCGUAUCCACUCCCUUCACCGCCGUGUGUCAGGGGCCGGCGGGCCUCCAGAGGCCUCCAGUGACCCCAAGGACCCUGACCUCUUCUGGGAUGACUCAGCGCUCACCAUUAUCGUGAACCCCAUGGAGUCCUACCAGAAUCGGCAGGCCUGUGUGGCAGGGGCUGCUGGUGGCCAACAGGAGGACGAGGACAGCAGUGACUCAGAGGCAGCGGACUCCCCCAGCAGCAAUGAGAGACGCAUCAUUGAGACCCCUCCACACCGCUACUAAGGCUACACUCCUCCCUGAACAGAGAAUUCUGCCCUGGUGAGACAGAGACACCCCUAGAAAAGAGACAAGGACAUUCUGAGAGAAGAGACCAAUAGAGAGAGAGUUCUUCAGAAUGAGUUGUCCUUUAAUUCCCAAAUCCCAGUGGGCCCCGCUGGGAUCCACCACCCCCACCCCCCACCCCCAGCCCACCUCUCUCCUGUGCCUCUGGGCUUCUGUUCCCCAAAAGACUUGGGCUGCCUUCUCUGUCCCCAAGGCAGUGGCCGCUUAGCUUGCCCAGGUCUCUGUCCCCCCCACCAGCCAUGUGCUGCAUGGGGGAUGGGGUCAUCACUAGCAGCGGGGGGGUAGGAUUGAAGGGAACCUUUCCCUAUUCUUCUGUCCAUGGAGGCCUUCCUUCCCUGGUACUCCCUCAGCUGGGCCUUCACGGCUUCUCUUCUGUCCCCUCCCCUCUCUCUCUUUCCAUUUCACUCCAGGGACCCCUGCUUCUUCACCUUGCCCACUCUCCUUCCUUUCCUGUCCUCUUUCCUCUCUUCUCCUUGCCUGAGGUCCUGCAGCCCCUACCCCUUCCAUUGUGACCUGGUUGUGGCCAGGUUGUGGGGAUGGCAGGCGGAGUGGCGGGGCGGGGGCCCAGGUAUUAUAUAUAAUGUAUAUUUUUUCAUGUUGCUGUGAGCGCAGCCCCUGUGUUCCGUGUGCAGCUCACAGCCUUGUGUGUGUGUGUGGCAUCGUCAUGUCCUGGGGUGGGGGUAGGGGGAUGGGUGUGGUGAGGGAGAGGACACACCCUAGGGUUUUCAAAUAAAACAACCAGAAAAAGCUCUGUGAGCCGCCUCCUGCCUGCCUGAUCCCCUGUGGGUGUGGUGUAGGUGGCAGGCUUUCCGGUCCCAGGGCCCAUUGGGGUUUUUGAGCGGGGCUGCAGUGAGAGGGCAGGGUGUCAAAGCACCCCCCAGGUAAAUCUCCAGAAUCCAGGCCACUGGGAAUGUGAUACUAUUGGCCCCACUGCCUUCUUCCUUCAGCACCCCCAAGAAAAGCAUAGACGAUUCAGGGAGCGCCCGCAUGCCUGGGCUUUGGGGGAGACCCUGUCAGCCCCUCCUCGUCUCUUGGAGAUUCUGCCCGGAGCUUCUAGCCCGGGAGUCCAGGGCUAGAGGGCAGGCUACCCUACUGUUUGUAACGAGAAAACAGGCUCUGGUUCACGUUCCCCAGGUAGUAAGGAACAGGAAACAGAUGGGCUCAUUUCAGAAGAGGAAACUGUACUGGGAGCAUCCUUCUGGUGCUCUCCCUGUCCCAGAAAUACCAGGGAUCCACGUCUUAAUUCCUUUCUGUCCCAUGAGGAGCUUGGAGUAUCGGUGUUUCUCUGUGAUUCUCAGUAACACAGUUGAGGGGGCGGUGGAGCUCACUGGCCCCGCCCAGACUCCACCCAGGGUCCAGUCUGACUCCUGCCUGGUGCCUGACCUUACCUAUGGCUUCAUCUACCAGCUGUGUGUUGACGCCACCACCUGUGUGGCUCCCUCCCACACCCCCUUCCCCAGCCCUGUGUACAACUACACAUUGUCGUCUCCACCCAGGCAGCUGGGGCCUUGAAGCUACCCUUUGCCGGAUUCCCACUCUUCUUACUCCGUUGCCUACCUAUCCCUUUCCUCUUUCAUGCAUUUACCGAAGCCAGAAGCCUGGGAGUCUGUCUCCAUUUUCCCCUCUCCCUUAACCUCAUGUCCAAAUGGUGACUAGAUCCUGUGAAUUUUACCCCUUAAAAUCUCUUGAAUGUGUCUUUCUUUCCCUUUCCCCUACUGCUGCUGCUGUCUCAAGACAUGCCUGUUGCCUGUCUGUUGCAAGAGCCUCCUUCCUGCCGGCCUCGUCCCACCUGUUCUCCCUGCCCUGGGGUGUCUUGCUCUAGUCCAGCUAAACUUUGGAUCUGAGGGACCUUUCUAAAGUGCAGCUCUGGUUACGCCACUCUCCUACUGAGAGCUGUCCUGGCCUCCCUGUCACUGCCAGGGUCAAGUCCUGACAUCUUGGGAGGUCUUCUCAUGCAGGGGGUCAGGCCCUGCCUCCCUCUUUCCCUGGCCCUGUCUGCCCGCCUCCUCUGUGCACCUGGGCUCCCGUCGCACAAACCACUGGCGCUUCUCCAAGCUCACCCUGCUCUUCCAGUGCCUCCAUGUCUUUGCAUGUGCUGUUCCCCUGUGCCUAGUGUGCCCUUUCCCCUCGUGCACCUCGCCGUCUUCCAUGCAUCACUGAAGACUCCGUUGGAAUGUUGCCUCUUCCAGGAAGUGUGUGGUCUGGUGCCCCUUGAUCACGCCCCUGCCACAGCCCCUCCUUCAAGGCUGUGGCACGUGUCUGUCUCCACGACGCGGUUGGUCUGCUGUAUUCUCAGCAACUCGCGCGGUGCCUGGCACACGGUAGGAGCUCCGGGAAUACGAGCGAGGUGAUGUGCGUGGCUCUCAGGCUCAGAGAAGACUUUAUUAGCAGGAGGAGAGGGGCUCUGGGGGCCUCUGGCCUGGGGGGUCAGUGCACAGAGCACCACACAGAUGCCCUGCUGCAGCCCUCCUAUAGCCGGGGCCUCCCAGCAUGACAGCUGCAGGAAUACCAAGUGGGUAUUCGACCUACCUACCUGUUCGACCCGGACUCCCUCAGAAGCUCCGGUGACGGCUCCACAGUACAGCCUUCAGACAUCUGAGGGCCUUCACUCUCAAAGGGUGUGAGAGAGAUUUGAGUGAGUUACCUCCUUCUCCUCCCUCCUGCUAUCCCUUCCAGGCCUCACCCGGCUCUGGUCUCAGGGACUGCAGCUUCCCACGCAGGGGAUCCCAUUAUUCUUGUGUUGGCUCUUGGAGCCCCUCCAGUGUGGCUGAGACUGGAGUCUUUAUUUACCUCUGGCUCAAGCCUUGGCUCCAGGGAGCAGGUGGAGGAGAGGGCAACCUUGUUGUGAACUUGCCCACCGCCCCCUGACGUACAGACACCUGCAGCAUGCAGAGCAAGUGACAGCAUAGAGACUUUCUCUCAACCUCUGCCAAACCUUGGUCUGACUUCCGAUCUUCCUGGGUCAUCUGUCUUGGGGACCAAAUGGGUUUCUUCUGAAGCGUAUCAUUCUGCAUUUGAUUCCCGGAGACUCCACAGUCAGAAUCUCUGAUCCCCAGUUAGAUCGAAUAGCUGUAAGCUUUCCUGUCUCUUCUCAUCACCCUCCCUCAGCGUCUGACACCCCAGAUCUCAGCCCUUGGUGACUACUCUCUCCCUCUAUGACAGUUGGGCAGGUAGAUGUGUCAUGAGGGCUGAGGGUGGAAGUAGGAGUCUGGAGGCCUAGAGAAGACCUUGAACUCCUUGGGCCACCACCUGUCGCAAACUGUCGCUCUUGCUUGCUGGCCCACCCUCCCUCUCACAAUCUCUCUGUCCCUGUCUCUUUGUCCUCUCCACACACCCCACCACUUCACACACACACACACACACACACACACACACACACACACACACACUAGAAAUAGGAGUCAUGAGUGAGGCAAGACGCCAGCUACAAUCAUGCAGGGAAAGGGCACCAGGCAGGAGUCCAAAUGGGUUUUUAUUUUGUUGCUCAAGAUCUCCUAGAAGGAUGCUCUCUACCCUCCCUCACAGCAGCUGGUAAAGCCUCCGGAUGCCAGGCCUUGGACAGGGUUUCCAAUUUACCUAUUCUCAAGUUAAUUAGAAACAGCAAACACAUCUCCGUUGGCCUAACUCAGACCUUUCCUUCUGCAUCGGGAGGCUGUUUUCCCCUUAGGUCCAUUCUCUGCAGUGUAAAUUGAUUAGCUUGCUGAAAGGUGCAUGAUGAAAAGCUGUGCCCUUGGGAAAAGCCACGCUGUCACCAGUUCAAGAAUAGAGUGUGUCCUUCUUCCUGUUACCAGGCCAGAGACCUGAAAACUUACCUGUGCCUUCUGGGCAGGGGGACACAGCACCCUGCCCACUUCGAGAGUCUCUGAUUCCACUCUGCAUCCUGGGGGCUGAUGCACUAAUCAGCAACAAUAAGGAGGCCUCCAUUUCCCCCCUACCAGCCCCCACCCCGGAGCUUUGUUGGGGGAGGUCAAGAAUGACGAAUUUGCUCCCGGUCUUCUAGGAGCUAUGGAAGAUCUCAUAUUCCCCAUCAGAUUUUAAUCUCCAUCCUGGGGACUCCUGAAAGCAUGUCCCCUGGAUCCCCCAGACUUAUGACACCUCAGGGCUCCUCUGGGCUGUGUGUUGAUCCAUCUGGUGAGUCCCUCGGACACUGGGAUGUUUCAUGGCACUGUCUGCAAGCAUGGACCAAGGAUGAGCUUGUGUCCAUUAUGUUCUUCUGUGGUUCUGCUGGGACCUCUGUGGUACUGUGGCUCCUGUCUUCCUGGACUCCACCUUCUGGGGAUCCUCUCCUCACGCAGGGUGCUGCUGAGGGCUCACAGUGAGCUCCCUCCUGGGAGAGAGUCAGAGCAGGGAAGGGGGCUAGGUGAGGAGGAUGAUGGGUGAUUCCCCAGCAGGCAGGUGCGUCUGACAGACAGAGGGGAGAAGCUGGGGUGCUUAUUUUCACAGCGCUGCUGUCACUGCGUCUUCUGCAGCACCACACUGUCACUCCCUUAAAAUACUCACAUCCUACAGGAAAAGGACAGAUGAGGGUUUAAAUUUAGCAACAGUGGGUAGGAGGAGGGGGGAUAGAGGCUCUGGGAUGUGGUGGAGCUGGCUCUGUCAGAAAAGAAGUAGGAACCCCAUGGGACCUGGUGAGGAUUAUAACCCACAAGGAUAAGGGAACCUCUAUCCCAAAUAUCCAGUCUCCAGGACCUGACCCCGAAUUUUGAAGCUCUCACCCCAACUCUACAGCCCCCUCCCACCUCCCCCAUCACAUGUGGUCUUUUCUCCUCAAGCGUGUGUGGGUUGGGAUUAUGCUGCCCUCUUCCCAUGGGCUGCAGUAUGGCUGGCUCUGGGGGGUUAUUAACUGGCCAUAGCAGCAUUUGAGAAGACCUCUGAUUUUUGCUUAGGCCACUGGAGGGGGGUUAGUCUUCCUUCAUUCCGCCACACUACAGAGAGGGUAGAGUCCAAAAGGCAUGAAGCAGUGAAGAGAGGGUAAUGCAACUUCCACCCAACAACUGGGCAAGGGCCCAGGGCACCAGGCCCAAGGUGGACUUGGGCUGUUCACACUACCUUGUCUCCUGCAAGUUCAGCUGUCCCCUCACAGACCACUGGGCCAAUGACUUUCUAGCUCAGGACCCUAUUCUUGAACUGCCAUCUUGUCACUUUGAGAAAGUCCAAAAGCCCAGAGGGGCACCUCUUGCCAGGGAAAGUGGUGGGGAGGAGGGGUUGAGGUGGGCUUUGCUGUCAGGUUCCUAUGUUCGGAUCCCAGCAACUCGGGGUCCAGUCUUGGUCUUUAACUUCUUUAAGCUUUUGUUCAUCACCUAACAAGGGGAAUUGCUUACUAAAAGGAUGAAUGAGGCUUAAGUAAGGUAACUUUUUCUGUAGUAACUCAGAAUCAGCAUAUUACAUUAGCUAUUAUUAUUAAUUACUGGGAGAUGGGCAAAACCAUCCCUAGCCCCAGUGGCAAUGGGGUCUUUAGAAAUGCAAAGUCUUGGCGAUGGCAGGAUCCCUGAAGUUUCUUUCAUCCAAAGCCCAGGCUUGUGGUUUUGAACAUAUACUUUGGAGUCAGGCGCACUUGGGUUUUCUCUCACCUUGGCGGCUUACAGAAGCUUAUUAUGGCUAAUCACAUAGGAGAGUGACUAUUUUUAUAGUUACCAGGCUGUUUUAAAUGGGCACAGGGUUAUUUUUUAAUAGGUGGGGGCUUCAGCAACAGGGACUGCUGGGAUUUUAGUAGUCAAGAGUUCACAGGCUUUCAGGCGCCGACUCCUGCGGCUGACCUUGAGCUAGGUGGGUGAAGGUGACCUGGAGCUGCAGUUAAAGGAAAAAUAGAGAUUAGUUCACCAAAUAGAUGGUCUUUUGAUCUCACUUCAAAAUGGGCAGAAUUUUAGCUAUGAAGUCUUUCUAGGUAAGGUGUUGGUAGAUGGGAUAACUUCUUGUUCUGCUGUGUUUUUCAGCCAGGUGUUCAGGUUGGGCCUCAAACGUCAAAGGAAGCAAAUGACACUCCCAAGCAUGUUUGUGUGUGAACUUUGUGCAGGCGCAGUUGGGCUGUGCCUGGUCAGCCUCUUACUGUCAUUGGAGACUGUGUUAUGCAACAAGGGGAUGGGGUGUGGAGAGGCCUGGAGUUACCUCCAAUCAUUUCAAGGUGGCUCUGAAAUUGUAUCCUUUAUACUCCUUUGGUUAAUUAUCCAGUCCUUGGGCAUGAAUUUGAAUCUUGCAGCUUCACCUACCAAGGGUGGUGUAUUUUUUUUCAAUAAAGAGAUCAAAAGAAGUGGGGUUCC